AUGUCCGAAGUCGCCGCCGACACCUUCCCCAGCCCCUCGGCUCAGCUGCGGCCCGCCGCGUCCCUCGAGGGGCUCCCGUCCGAGGAGGACAUGCCGGGCGGCCGCGGGCAGGAGGCGGGCGGCGCGCGGGGCGCCGCGGGCCUCGCCGCGACGUGCUGCGUGUGCCUGGAGGCCGAGCGCCUCAAGGGCUGCCUCAACUCGGAGAAGAUCUGCAUCGCGCCCAUCCUCGCCUGCCUGCUCAGCCUCUGCCUCUGCAUCGCCGGCCUCAAGUGGGUCUUUGUGGACAAGAUCUUCGAGUAUGACUCGCCCACGCACCUCGAGCCGGGCAGGAUGGGGCAGGAUGCGCAGCGUGGCGCCGAGGCCACGGCGCUGCCCGCCUGGGUGCCCUCGGAGGCGCACGCGUCUCCCGUGCCCACGAGUGGGGGCAAGGAGGCCGACACGGCGCCCGCAGGUACCCCAGCAGUGCCCCUGGAGCCCUCCCCGCAGCCCACGCUCUACGGCCGCAUCCUGCACGCAGGCUGGCCCUCGUCCUCAUCCUCCUCCUCAUCAUCAUCCUCAUCCUCGGCCGCGCCGUCGCUGCCGCCGCCGCGCGCCCCGGCGCCCACCGCCGCGUCCCGCGCGCAGGCCACCGAGACCAGCCUCCAAACCGCUCCCAAGCUGUCCACUUCUACGUCUACAACUGGGACAAGUCAUCUCACAAAAUGUGACGUAAAGCAGAAAGCCUUCUGUGUAAAUGGGGGAGAGUGUUACAUGGUUAAGGAUCUCCCAAACCCUCCAAGAUACCUGUGCAGGUGCCCAAAUGAAUUUACUGGUGAUCGCUGCCAAAACUACGUAAUGGCCAGCUUCUACAAGCAUCUUGGGAUUGAAUUUAUGGAAGCUGAGGAACUGUACCAGAAACGCGUGCUGACCAUAACUGGCAUUUGCAUUGCUCUCCUAGUGGUUGGCAUCAUGUGUGUGGUGGCCUACUGCAAAACCAAGAAGCAGAGGAAGAAGUUGCACGACCGCCUUCGGCAGAGCCUGCGCUCGGAGAGGAACAACAUGGUGAACAUGGCCAAUGGUCCACACCACCCCAACCCGCCGCCAGAUAACGUCCAGCUAGUCAAUCAGUACGUUUCGAAAAAUGUGAUCUCCAGCGAGCAUGCUGUUGAGCGAGAAACGGAGACAUCAUUUUCCACAAGCCACUACACUUCAACCACACAUCACUCCACGACAGUCACCCAGACACCCAGCCACAGUUGGAGUAACGGUCACACCGAGAGCAUCCUCUCCGAGAGCCGCUCCGUGCUGGCAAGCUCUUCCAUGGAAAAUAGCCGGCACGCCAGCCCCGGGGGGCCACGCGGGCGCCUCAACGGCAUCGGCGGCCCCCGCGAGAGCAGCAGUUUCCUCCGGCAUGCGAGAGAGACCCCGGACUCGUACCGAGACUCUCCCCACAGCGAAAGGUAUGUCUCAGCUAUGACCACACCAGCUCGCAUGUCGCCCGAAGAUUUCCACACGCCGACCUCUCCCAAGACUCCUCCUUCCGAAAUGUCUCCACCGGUUUCCAGCUUGACUGUGUCCAUCCCUUCAGUGGCAGUGAGUCCCUUCGUGGAAGAGGAGAGGCCCUUGCUCCUGGUGACGCCGCCGCGGCUCCGGGACAAGUACGAGCACCACCUCCAGCAGCAGUUCAACUCCUUCCACCACAACCCUGCCCAUGAGAGCAGCAGCCUGCCGCCCAGUCCUCUGCGGAUCGUGGAGGACGAAGAGUACGAGACCACGCAGGAGUACGAACCAGCACAGGAGCCUCCAAAGAAACUCGCCAACAGCCGGAGGGUAAAAAGAACAAAGCCCAAUGGCCACAUUUCCAGCAGAGUGGAAAUGGGCUCCGACACAAGCUCUGGGAGCAGUAGCUCUGAGAGUGAAACAGAAGACGAGAGAAUAGGUGAGGAUACACCUUUCCUGAGCAUACCGAACCCCAUGGCCACCAGUCUGGAGCCGGCCACCGCGUACCGGCUGGCCGAGAGCAGGACUAACCCGGCGAAUCGCUUCUCCACACCAGAAGAGUUGCAAGCAAGGUUGUCCAGUGUAAUAGCUAACCAAGACCCUAUCGCUGUAUAAAAAAAAAAAGAAAAAAACAUAAACAAAACACAUAGAUUCACAUGUAAAACUUUAUUUUAUAUAAUGAAGUAUUCCACCUUUAAAUUAAACAAUUUAUUUUAUUUUAGCAAUUCCGCUGAUAGAAAACAGGAGAGGAAAAAAAAAACCUUUUAUAAAUUAAAUAUAUGUAUGUACAAAUGUGUUAUGUGCCAUAUGUAGCAAUUUUUUACAGUAUUUCAAAAAUGGAGAAAGAUAUCAAUGGUGCCUUUAUGUUACGUUAUGUUGAGAGCAAGUUUUGUACAGUUACAAUGAUUGCUGUCCCAUAGUAUUUUGCAAAACCUUCUAACCUUUAGUUGUCCUAGCUUUUGUGCACUGCAUUAUAAUGACUGGAUGUAUGAGUUGCAAGAAUUGCAAAAGUCCCUCUGUUUGCUUGCAGUAGAAUUCCCCAAACAAACUCCCUAUAAUGGCACUCCCACCCUACCCACAUCACAAGGAAAAAAAAAACACAAAAAUACAAAAAAAAAUCAAAAAAGACAAAAAAACAAAAACAAGUUUUCUUCUAUAAGAAGUUUUAUUUGCUUUUCGUAUAUGAAAUGAGUUUUGUCUGCUCUAUGCCAGCCGAAAGGUUUGCUUCAUUGAGCACGGGGAUAAAUGUAGAUAAAGCAGCAUGCUACUAUUAAUUACAGCAGGAUAACAAAAAACCUGCAUUAAAUAAUGUUACUUAUAGAAAGAAAGUAAUACUGUGAUUUUAAACCAAAUAUAUUAUUAAUCAGAGGUCAGCUUAUACUCACUAGGAGCUGUCAUUUCAUUAUUUUCCAAAUAUUAAUUGUUCUAGUUAUCCCUUAGGAAAUGGGUUCAUGUUAGCUGAGGCUUUGAACCCAAUACUCUAUUUAAAAAAAAAAAAAAAAGAAAAGAAAAAAAAAGAAAAAAAUUUCUAUUAGUUUAAGUUAAUGGGGCAAAUAUUAUAGCAGAUAUCUGUAACCAAACAAGGAAGAGAUCUAGCUGGAAAACAAAUGCCACUAAUAAAAGUGCAA